CGCCAGUAGUUUUGGGAAGUUCUUUCUGGGUCUCCAGGACGCGUCCGGUCCGCUCCCCCACCUCUAUAAUUGUCGGGGUCCCAAUUGAAGUUUCCUUUAUGAGCGCUCAGGGGCGCAGCGAUGCAGUGAAGUUAAAGGGGUUGUCCACCGCAGAAUGCAAAUCAUCAGAACAAGUGGGGAAUCCUGGGAGACCUCAGCGGCAGAAUUCUUUACAGUCAUGGAGGAACCUGGGGGUCAUUCUCAGGACCGUCCACCCCCCGCCGCUGAGGGUCAGUCGCCUCCCCAAGACUGUGAAGGAGAUGACCACAAAUCAGAAGCACAGCUAGCAGCAGAGAUUGCACUGGAAAGUAAAGAGUUAACUCGGGAGCAGCCGGGCUUUGUGACCCCUCCAUCAGAAGACUCCCAGGAGACCUGUGACCCCCAAUCUGACCCCGCUGCCCCCCGUAACUCAGAACCUGCAGAUCAUGUAGCUGCUAUACCUCAAACCACAGACCCUGAUGAAUCUAAAACUGUGACCCUAGAAAUCCCCCCAAUCCAGGAGGUCCCACAUGUGGAGGACGAUCCCGAAGAAAACCUGGAGACCGAGGUCUCCUUAGAUACCAUCAGCACCAAAGAUCUUCUGUCCAAGAUCCACAUCCCGCCAUUCCAGGAGGCUUUACUGGAUGAGAUAGAGAGGGAGCUCAACUGCUCUGAGGUGGACUACAAGUUACACAAUGGCAUCAGUAAAGGUGGCUUAACCCUGGAUAUGCUGGAACAGUGUGUCCAUGACAAGUAUAUGCAGCAGGAACACUCCAUUAAAAGGUUAAUUGAGGAGAAUAAGAAGCAUCAGCAGCUGAUCUUGGACAUUUGCUCUGAGAAGGACCAUCUAAGAGAAGAGCUGAAGAAGCGAGGAGACACUGAGGUCCUGCACCUGAACUCCAUAAAGCAGCUUGAAGGGAGGAUCGAACAACUCAUUGGAGACCUCAAAACGGCUAAAGACAGAAUGACUGCACAAGAUGCGACUUCCAGAAACACCAUCCAGCAUCUGCAUAGGGAAAUGGCUCUGAGGACGGAGCAGGCCAAUAAGAAAUGUGAAGAGGCCCGACAAGAGAAAGAGGCAAUGGUGAUGAAGUACGUGAGAGGCGAGAAAGAGUCUCUGGAUCUUCGGAAGGAGAAAGAGGUUCUGGAGCGGAGGCUGCGAGAAGCCAACAAGGAGAUUGAGAAGAACAGCGCCAGGAUCAAGAUCCUAACUCAGGAGAAAGGACGGCUCCAUCAGCUGCACGAGGCCAAGGAGAACGAGACGAGCCGGCAGAACCGAGAAAUCGAAAAACUAAAGGAAGAAGUGAAUUCAUACGCCAUCAAAGUGAAGUGGGCUCAUAACAAGUUAAAAACGGAGCUGGACUUGCACAAGGAAACCAAAGACAAACUGCGGGAGUCGACGGCCAAACUAAACCAAGCAAAGGAGGAAGCCGAGCAGAUCCGCCGGAACUGCCAGGAGAUGAUUAAGACUUAUCAGGAAUCUGAAGAAAUUAAAUCCAAUGAACUGGAUGCAAAGCUGCGGGUCACCAAAGGGGAGCUGGAGAAGCAGAUGCAGGAGAAAUCGGACCAUUUGGAGGAUUCUAAGGUUCACCAAGCUAAAAUGAAGGAGCUGGACGACCUGAGGCGCACGUUUACAGAGGGCAUGGACGAGCUCCGCACACUACGAACCAAGGUAAAAUGCUUAGAAGCCGAGCGGCUAAGGACGGAGGAAGAGUUGUCCAAAUACAAGGAGCUGAUAAACCGGCAGAAGGCGGAGAUCCAGAACCUGCAGGAGAAAGUGAAGGUGGUGGAGGAGCAGGAGCAGCGGCACCAGAGGGACCAACAGGAAAUUCAGAGCUUGCGGGAUGAAGUGAGCAGCCUGAACUCUGUCAUCUCUGACCUGCAGCGAGAUAUAGAGGGUAGCAGGAUGCGGGAGUCUGAGCUGCUGGGAUUUACUGAGAAGCUGACCAGUAAGAACGCCCAGAUCCAGUCCGAGAACAACUCCUUACAGGCUCAUCUGGACAAGCUGCUGUGUAGUGAGAGCGAGCUGCGCACCCAACUGGAGCAGCUCCUGCACAGCAACACUGACCUGGAGCGGAGGCUGGCUGCAGAGCAAGCUCUGAGGAAGCAGGAGAUCCAGGCGCUGCAGACAGAGGUGGACAGUCAGCGGCAGCGCGCCGCCUCACUGAAUACUCGGAUUGAGGAGCUGAACAAUGAUGUCAGCACCCAGAAGAGGAAGCAUGCCGUCAACCUGAAGGAUCUCGCCAAACAGCUUCAGCAAGCACGAAAGAAGAUGGAGCAGAUGGAGAACGGCAACUAUGAGAAAGAUGUCAGCAGCAUGGGCAGCCGCUCCAGUUCUUCCGGUUCUCUCAACACUCGAAACAACGAGGACCGAUCGCCAGAAAACAUGGGAACCACGACGGCCGUGGAUAGCUUCCCAGAAGUGGACAAAGCUGUCCUGAUCGAGAGAAUAAUCCGUCUCCAGAAGGCGCACGCCCGGAAAAAUGAGAAAAUAGAGUUCAUGGAGGACCACAUAAAGCAACUGGUGGAGGAAAUUAGAAAAAAGACAAAAAUUAUCCAGAGCUACGUGUUACGGGAGGAGUCCGGGACUCUGUCAUCUGAGGCAUCAGACUUCAACAAGGCUCAUCUGAGCCGGCGAGGGGGCAUCAUGGCUUCCCUGUACACCUCCCACCAGGCGGACAGCGGCCUCACCCUGGAACUGUCCCUGGAGAUUAACAAGAAGCUGCAGGCUGUGCUGGAAGACACCUUACUGAAGAACAUCACCCUGAAGGAGAACCUCCAGACUCUGGGGAUGGAGAUCGAGCGUCUGAUUAAGCAGCAGAGUGGCGGUGAGCGCAGGAUGUGACCGCGGCUCAUGGCUCUCCUGGGGGCACAGAGAUGUCAGAAAUCCCGGAAACCUUAUGUUAUUGGAAGAAGCUUUUGCACUAAUUACGAGGGGGAAUAAUGAGAUGAACACUCCUGUGACUCCACCCUCAACAGCGCUUCCAUUCAGGUUAAGCAAACAGUUUUCUUACUUAUUCCCUGGCCACUUACCUGAUCUUAUAGAACUACAGCUGCCAGAAAGCCCUGGGCAGUCACAUAUUCUGUGCUCCAGGUUCUUCCAUCAGAUCACUCCAUCUGGACGUCAAAUGCCAAACUCCUGAUCGGUAAAUAGAAGCCAUUUUAUCUGUUUGUCUCUGGGAAAGCUGGGUGACGAGCCAUACGGCCACCAAUGCAGAGUCCACGGGCGUGUCACCCAGCUUUCUGCAAUUCCCAGGUCUGCCUAGAUAAAUGACACUGGGCAGGGGGAGUGUGUAAGCAUCACAAGGCAGUCUGCCCUGCAGGAGUCUGGAAAAGCUGGGUGACUAAUUGGCUGCCAUUACCGCGACCUCCGGGGCUGGUACCCCUGACUUCUUCAAUUUACAUUUCCUUGUCUCCACUCACAUCCAAAGCUGCAGCGUAACAGUAGUUUAGCCCCGCCCUUCGAUCAGACGUGCCUAUGAACUCCCACAAUGCACUGCAGUAAGAGGACUGCGGUUCCUCAGAAUUCUAUGUUUAGCUUUAGACCUAACUGGAGCAGAACACGUCGUAGUCUAGGGAUCGGCAGGAGGGAAGGAGAAGAAAUGUACGUUUAGGUGAAGAUUUCCUUAAAAGUCACAACUUUAAAAAUAAUUUAUACUUCUACUGAGUACUGCGCAGCCUGCUGACGGGUGACAGGAGCGCAGCGCGCCAAAGAGGGUGACGUCUGCUGACAACUUCACCUAUGUAGUAGAUGUCAACUGCAGUCCUAUGUAACGCCACAGAUAACAGUGAUAGCUCUCUGAGUGCAGGUAAUGUAGUAGUCACCUGCAGUCCUAUGUAACACCACAGAUAACAGUGAUAACUCUCUUAGUACAGAUAAUGUAGUAGAUGUCACUUGCAGUCCUAUGUAACACCACAGAUAACACAGUGAGAACUCUGAGUACAGAUAAUGUAGUAGUCACCUGCAGUCCUAUGUAAAACCAGAGGAAAUCAUCCCGAUCUCCCUAUGAGCUCUGCUACAUCUGUAUAGUCUGUGGGUGACGUCUGGACUGGAGGUCUGUGUGUCUCUGACGUCACCCACUGUCGGAUCCCUCCAGACAGCAGGUCUCUAUAAUUGAUGUAGUUGUGGUGAAGCCGUAAUGAGUUGGUGUUUGGCUGCGGUGUAAUUGAUGGGACAGACGUGCGGUGCUACAUGAUGGGCGGCCUGCAGCGCGCUCUGUAACCACAUUACCGUCUGGCUGCGCAGUCCCCGCCGUCCAUUCAGGAAGAUUUAACACUUUCUGUGAAGAUUUAAUUAUUAUUCUGCGCCGUCCAUCAUCUCGUUUAAUCCCCUCCCCCGCCUAAUUUUACCGUCUUAUCGCACUAGUCUGCUGUGUGUUACCGCCACGGCCAUGGACGUGUGUGCAAAGGAGCACGUGGAGGUGUAUUACUACAACUCCCAGCAUUUCCGGCUGUGAACCCCUGGCGGUUUAUGAAUGACUGACUGGGUGAUCGUGUGACGUGGCGGCCAUCGCCGGCUCGGCGUUUAUGCUGCAUCAUGUGCCGUUAUCUGUGGGAGCAAUGAGUGCACGAGGUGACAAAUGCCUCAAACAUGUCCCUGAUCUGCCCGUGGACUGCGGAGCUCACCCUGCUUUUCACAGGCCCUGAAUAACGUUAUGCUGUAUGCGCCGUGCAGGGUCUGCAGAAAGCUGGGUGAGCACCACGCGAGAGCCGCCACGGCCCCUUCACAUCGGUAGCGGUCAUGGCGCAGACUGCAGCAGGCGACCGGUUAUUGUUAUCUCGCCAGCCGCCAUUUCUUUUUUUUUUGUUGAGAUCAUUGGCAUUUUCAGUACUUUAAGACGAGGUACUAUUCGCCGGCUCUAAACGGCUCUGGAUAAUCUGAGCGAUUUCUUACCAUCCCUAUCCAUAGAAAAUCAGGCGGUGCGAAGAUGCCUCCAGAGCAUCGUGCGGUCUGUGGCCGCUGACGCGUUUCCAUCCACAGGACAUUAAAGGAAAUGAACAUUACUCACUGUGCCAUGAGAAGGUGUAGUAUACAGUCUGUAUUAAUAGCUUACGGUUUUCAAGAUCUCUGCUUCCUGUCGUGUGAUGGAUGCACAAGUGCACAAAACUCUCCUGUCCAGGCGUCAUAGUCAUGUAAGCUGUGUGUCCAUCGCAUGACCAGGACUGAUCUGUAUACGCUGCGUACACAGGGUUCUAUAGUGCUAAAGCAAGCAGAGAUCUAGCCAUGGAUAAGAGUGUGAGCAUAGAGCAGUCACUUGCCUCUAAGAGUGAUGAAAGAUUGCCCAGGAGGGCAGGUGUCAGGAGGAGAAUGGCAGCCAGACCGCCGCACCCCCGUUAUCAGGGGAAACCUUAGUAAUGGAGGCCAGAAAAAUGUUCUGAUGUCCCCCGUAGACAAGGUUGUGGCCCCGACCUGUCAGAAUCCACCAAUAUGGCUGCUAUUACAGCUGCUCAUGGGUUGUCACCCAGCUUUCCCAGCAUCCAGAACACCUCCGGCUGCACAGCUCGGGAGAUUUACCACUCAGGGCUGUAAGAAAGCUGAGCCUUGUGGGAGCAGCGAUGGCGACGGCCCCGUCUGUGCUUUCCCAGACCCCCGUGUCCUCAGCCAGGUUAGGUCAGGACUCUGGGAAAGCUGGGUGACCUCUCCUGCAGAGACGUAAGUGCGGCCAUAUUGACUGUCACCCAGCUUUCCCAGAGACUGAUAAGACUAAGAAUUUGAAUCUUUUAACCUGGGUUUCUGCACCCAUCCAGCUAUUGUAAAAUGUCAACUCCCAACAUGCCCUGCCAGCUGGGAGUAGUAGUUUCCCAACAGUUGUAGAGUUUGGAUGUGCGGAGAUAAAAUCGCGCGAUCUAAAAUGUAUUCCACACGCUGCUCCCCUCCUCCCUGACAAAUCCGAGCGCUCAAUGCCAGACGUCUCCUGCAGUCUCCCAUAAAUCAGCGCAGCACACAGAAAAUAUGCGCAGGCGAGAUUCCCCCAGAUUUAUUGUCGUUUUUUUAUUUUCUGAAAUCAAAUUCUUAUGGAGGGUGUUUUUUUUUUUUUUUUUUUUUUUUUUCCUUUUUUGUAUCUUUUAUCAUAAUGAUGUAAAAAACUGUAAAUUAAAUCUGUAUUUUUCCAGAACGCUGCGUGUUCUUUGUAUAUAUUGUUUGUCCUGUGCAGGUAUGGCGCCAUGGGCGUGUCCAAUGGGCAUCUCCUAUUAUUGUCCAAGAAACAGCGCCGCUCGUGUCCACAGGUUGUGUCUGGUAUUACAGCUGUGAAUAUUGCUGAGUUGCAGUACCACACAUGACCUGUAGACAGGUGUGGUGCUGUUUUUGGAAGUAAGCAGUCGUGUGUUUCGAAUUCUGUACAACCCCCUUUAAGAAAUGAUCCCUUCAGACUCGGGAUCCGCCCUCUUGUUGCGUUUGUUCCGCCGCAGUCGCUCUCCGGGGGUCAUCAGUGCUAUUGUUCAGGUGCUGAUUUGAUCCUAUUAGAUUUGAUGAGCAUGUGACCUUGAAUAUCUUAAUGAAUGUAACUUUGUAUUUGUUUUAUGAAGAAUUUGCUUUUAAUGUAUCCAGGGCCACCGAUGAGAAACAACCGGACUGUGCUGGUUCUGCUUUAUUUAAAGGGGAGCUCCAUAAAUGAGACAUCAUCCCAGUUUCCUUGUAGGCAGCCAUUCCAUUAACUUCUGCCCUGACCAUUGACCGUUGUGUUCCCUGAGACAAAUAUCUGACCGAUAUCAGAGCAAUCAGAUUGGAUUGAUUUAAAAUUGACCGCAUGCACGUCUUAGGUGAACUCCUUUGAGUCGGGCAUGUCCGGUGGGCGACCUCUGCACUAGUGCUGCACGUGGUCGUAAAUGAUCAGAUGCAGGAACCUACAUAAGGGAUUGGGCCCCCCAUCCUGUACAGCGCGUAUUUCAGGGAGAGCUGAUCGUUUACUUCUGCCUGGUGCAGCACAGAUUACACUCCCCCCAUGAUGAGAUAUUUGCUGCUCUGUCACUUGAUUGGACUUCUUCACUCCCUGCUUCUGUAUGUACGUAACACUCCAGUGAUCUACAUGAAUAUAAUGUAUAUGAUAUAAAUGUAUCUUGUUACAAUGUACAUGAUUAUAAUAUAUAAUGUAUCUUGAUUUGUAAAUAUAAUGUAUAAAUUAUUCCUGGAUGACUCUAGAUUCUGUAUAUCUUGUAAUUUUAAAUAAAUUGUACAGAGAA